CGACAGGGUUCCGACCAUUGACUGUCAAGCCUUCACCUCAAUUUUUUCAUGUAUGUUUUUCAUAAUUGGACCAAUUUAACUCUUUUCAAAGAAAGAAAAGUUGUUUUCGAAAAGGACCUGAUACGGAAGUUUUAUCACAAAUUGAUAUUCUGUUGUUAGACAGAUGACAUAAUUAAAACAUUUUCUUUUAAAAUCAUUUUAAGGGUAUUAUAAAUAUGACAGAUGCUAAUGAAACUGAUACAGAAGUUGAAGAAGAGGAAGAAGAGCAACAACUUACAAUUUAUAAUGUACUACCAGUCGAAGAAGAAAUAGAGGAAGAAGAAGAAGAAGAAGAAGACUUACUUAACAAAAACACCGAUUCUUUCCGAUGUUUGGUACAACUUAUAGUAUCUCACAGUUCCAUAUUCAGAGAUCCUUAUUAUGUGUUUCCUCCUCUAAAAGACCCCGAAUUAGACAAAGCCAUUAACUACGUUCCACCUGAUCCAAUAGUUGAUGAUGUGGGUGCGGAAGAAUAUAAACGUAUGUGUAAAGAAUUUGGUAUAGUGCCGAUAUCGCGAAUUAUAAGAUCACUUCCUACGAACGUAUUAGACCUAAAGUAUUACGGGCUUACUCACAAACAAAUAGUAGCGUUAAUGGCUGGCAUGCAAACAAAUAAAUACGUUCAAGAAUUGACUCUUCAAGAUAACUGGUUAAGUCCAGACAGUGUUCAGUAUUUAACCAAAGCUUUAGAAAUAAAUGAUACCAUCAUCUAUUUGAAUUUACGGGAAUGUAGAAUUGGCCCGGAAGGAGCCGCUUAUCUCGCUGAAGGAAUUCCUUAUUGUCAUUCUCUCAAAUAUUUGGACCUGGCAUUCAAUAGUUUAGGAGAUGAGGGUCUAAUUGCUCUUUCGGAAGCCCUUGUCGAUACAAAUUCAAUAAUUCAAUUAGACUUAAGUCACAAUAUGCUCGGCGAUGGAGCCGGCGAAAUUUUCGAAAAUAUUUUUAAAUUCAAUUUAUCUAUUAUGGACUUAAAUUUGGCAUGGAACAAUUUCUCCACUGUAAAUUANAAUGGACUGCUGGAAAAUAAAAUUCUGCAAUCUUUAAAUUUGGCAUGGAACGCGAUAAGUUCAGUGGAUUGCACUAAACAUCUUGCUAAAUACGUGAAAAAGUCGCAGUCGUUGCAAUUUCUUGAUUUAAAUAGUAACAGAUUGACAGGACCACCAUUAAAGAAAAUACGAAUAGCUCUUAGAAGAAGUAAAUCCUUGUUAGCCGCAAAAUUAGGAAACAAUCCAAUAAAUCCCGAUGAUGCAGUAACUCUUGGAAAAGCCCUGGCCGACGGAAAAAGUAUUAAGUUUCUCGAUUUGGAAAACGUGUUUGUCGAAAAAUCAUUUAUACCGAUUUGGAAUAAGAUUAAACUUCAAGAUAAAUUAAUAAAUUUCGCAGGAAUAUACAGUAAUUACGUAAUUCGUGGUCCAGAUGAAAUGAAACUUAUGUUUCAAAGAGCAAUAUUCUUAUGUUUGAAACCGAAAAAGAAAAAGAAACAAAGAAAUUUUGGGCAUGUUGUCCUUUCCCUACCUGAUAAAGUUGAUAUGCCUCGACAAGAUUUCGAUGUGUUUGCAAAAAAACAAAAAAUUAAAAUGGUUGACAAGGAUUUGAUGAACGGAAUACUACAAAGAUUUGCAGGAAAAAACAAAUCGAUAAAUGCAGUGGCCUUGAAAGAAUGUUUUAUGAAAUAUUAUCCUGAUACAGUUCUCCCACCUCCUAAAAAAAAAGGCAAAAAGAAAAAGGAUAAAAAGAAAGGUAAGCACAUGAUAUAUAGCGAUAUUUUCAUUAAAUCAAAUAUCUGAGCAACCGUGUCGUAUAAAACAUUUUACGCGAUUAAUGAUGGAUCAAGGUAACAUAUGAUUUGUAAGUGACAUAUUAUUUUUUGAAAACAACUUGGAAAAUUAUCGAACAAAAAAAUUAUUCGUGUUUUUUUCGAUAUAAACGAGCAAAUAGGCAGAAAUAAAAAGGGUUUAUUUAUUGAAAACAAGGUGCUGUAAAAUCACAACCAGAAAGCGAAUUUGAGUCAGAAGAGGAAGAAGAAGAUAUGGCAGAAACAAACCAAGAAAACCCCGAACAAGUGAAAGGACAAGCUGAAACAGAAGCAGGAGCCGGCAUUCAAGCGGCCGAACAAGCUGAAAGUAAACGACAGAGUCUUUCUGCCGAAGGAGAACAUGCGCAAACAGAAGCUCCUGCCAGUAACGAAGCUGCAAGUGAAAAUGUAGAAGCUGCUCCUGCCGCUGAGAACGAAUCCCCUGAAAAUCAAGUCAGGUCGUCAAGACCUUCGGAAAGUGCACAGGGCGGUGGAAAUCCUCAAACAUAAACCAAUUAAUUAUUAAAUCGAUUUUAUCUGCUUAACACAACUUUGUCGGUUAUUAAAACAAUUUUAUAAACAUAUUUACAAAUCAUCUGAAUAUUCACCAAUUAAUGAAAGAAAAACUUAUUUUUUUUAUUCUGAAUGUAAUAAAUAAACUUAUAAUAAAAAUUUUUUAGACAGG